CUCGCAGCAGUUUCAAGAAGGUCCCCGCGAUUCAUGCAUAUGAAUAAUCUUCCCGAGGAGAAUGUAGUUAGAGCAGCUAAUAACGCACCAUUAAGUGAAGCAUCACGAGAAGAGGUUGUGAGUGAACUAGGUGGUACUAAAACAAAGUUGAAGGUUGAACCUCCUCACCUCAAGGAAGAAGUCAUUCCAGAGAAGUUCAUUGAAGUUGAAGGUGGAGGUGUUGUAGUUGUUAAAGAACAUGCAAGGGCUAAGAUGAAGAAGUCAAGGCAACCACCGGCAAGGAAACUAAUAAUGCAAAGAACUACAAGGUUUGCUGCCGAAAAAAGAAAAGAGCAAAGCAAUAGCAUGAAGAUGUUUUCUAUGCUAGUUGACAAAUGCCUAGGAGAUGGGUACAUGGUCGAACAUGAUGCUGAAAUAUUCGGGUUUGCAACUAAAUCUAUUUUCAAUAAGGAUGUGUGCGGCCUUGUAAUCAACUUUGAGCAAGUGAAUAAUUCUGUUGUAGAAAUCUGGUCUAG